GCUUCGUGGCCGUUCACAAUGUUGUUGAUGUUGCAGUUCAAUUUAUGCUUUCGUGUCGGCCGGUAGCAAGCGCAGGAACGUGCUUGGUCGCAAUCGCUCUAAAGGAAAUAUACAGUACGCGUAUCGCAUUUGUUGGGAUCCCUCGUUAGUGAAUUAUGUGAGAAUUGUUCUGAUCGUGAGUUGUUGUAGAGGUAUUGAUUCAUUGCAUAUUGUGUACCGCAAAACGGUAUCAAACGAUUUUUUUGCCGUACGUGCAUGUACUUCAGAGUUUGUGGAUGAAAGUGAGCGUAUAUGCCGUGAAUGUAUGUUUGACAAAAAUUGUUCGUUAAUUGAACAAAGCAUAAUAAAAACGUGUUUAAUAUCAAAUGUGCAUUUUCCGUUGACGAUCAAUGACCGGACGGUCGUAGCUAUAUAGCCUUUUGAACGGAUGCAAAGAAUAGAUGGUGAAUAAAUCUUAAAAGCGGUGAAAGGAUAACUACAAGUAACUACACAAAUCUACCGUGCCUUUUAUGGGCAAAUGCGCAAAAUAAUUAAAAGUGUCACUCCCGUGAAUCAUCCCAUGCUGUAGGAGUGUGCCGCUGCCGUUCUUACUUGACUAACUUCAUGAGUGAGAGUGCAAUUUGUGCCAAAUAUACGCUUUGUUUGUAUGCGGAUUUCUUGACCUCUGCUAUUUCCGGUCGGAAUUGGGAGAAAAAAAUCAUACCUCCGGUCAGAGAGGGUGCACUGAAAUAGUUAGUGAUCCAUGGUGACUUGCCUUACGUUUUAUGGGCAUCGAAACCUGUUCCCCGUGUGUGAAUAUGUGAGCGGUGGUUUUUGAACGGGAAGGAAGAAAAAGAAGCCAAACAGCAGAGAAAGAAGAAGGAGAAGAGAUAAAAAUAAAGCAGGCGAUAAGCAAACAACGACAGAUAGCUGGCUAAGGAAAAAUCUAACGACGUCAACGGAACCAACAUCGACGCUAUCGCCCUGCUCAAGUGCUGUGACAUAAGGGAAUCGAAGGGUCGUUACAAAAAGUCACAAACAUCGAGGGUGGGAGAGAGUGAGGAAAAAAGUCCGCCCAAAAACGAUCUGGAAGGAAGGGAAGAGUUUUCGCAGCAAAGUGCAGCGGUGCAACAUUGUUGCACGAAAGCAGUGAUCAGUUGAAGUUGGAAAAGAACAUUCAAAACAGCUGCUACCAAAAAAAAACAACAAAAACAGGCACCGAGCACGGUGAAACUCCAGACGAUUUAAAUGUGGUCCGACGCAAUGAGCACCUUGGCAAAAAUGUAUCCUAAGUUAAGCGCAGUCGAACUGUCAGCGAUCCUUAUGAAAGGUGCUGCUAUCUCCGCCUCAUUGGAACGAGACUCUGGAUUCAACUCGGGCAGUUCGGAACAUGAGGACGACCUGAAGUCGCUGGACCAGAGUUCACGCGAUGGAUUAAUCAGCCCUGAAAACAGUUCCGAAGAUUCGGUACCGGAAGCAAAGCUGCCCGCAUCGACUGUGGUGACGACGCAGGCUUCCUCGUUGGUUAAGAACAAGCGCAAAAGCACGGAACCGUUGCGUGUAGUUGCCGAGACGGAACUGUUAGCACCGCUCAAAAAGCGCAUCCGUUUUGACGACGAACGGAAGCACGUGGAAGAUCUGCAUCAUCAUCGGCAGGAUCGCGAAGAACUCGACACUACCUCACCAGUUCCCUCAUGUCGUACCGAAAGCAGUCCUUUUCGCCCAUGGGCACCAUCAGCGAUGGCGUUGGAAGGAUCUGUCGUCCCUCUCCCGGUACCCUUUGUACCUCCAUUUCACAACCCGGCCGAUUUACUGGUGCGUCAUCCGGCAGUCACGACACUACACCGGGCAGUUAGUAUCAAACCGCUAGAGCAGCUGCAACCUCUAGCCCUGGUGGCUAAAAAGAGUGGCUCUUCCUGCGCUUCGUUCAUCUCCAAGAAUCAAUCAUCCCCACGGCCAAGUCCUCGUGCAUCCUCACGUUCACCACAACGCACACCUCAAGACUGGAAGGAACUGCAGGAGCAACAUGGUCAUCUUCACACCCAUACACCGUCGGAAUCCCUGUUCGUGCAGCCUCGUGCACCUCCGUCCCUCGACGACACGAAUGACUCGAUCACGGAUCACGAAACGUCCGCCACUUCUGGUGGGCAUGGAAAAUCCUCAAUCGCUGGUGGAGUCGGUUCGCAGACGCGUAACUACAAAAACAUGACGCGCGAAAGGCGAAUCGAAGCGAAUGCACGUGAGCGAACGCGCGUACAUACGAUCUCGGCCGCGUACGAGAAGCUACGGCGUGCCAUUCCGGCCUACUCGAAUGCACAGAAACUCUCGAAGCUGUCGAUCCUCCGUAUCGCCUGCUCCUACAUCCUGACGCUCAGUCGAAUGGCCGGUGAGGAUUACAGUGAGGACGGUUCAGAACCGUCGAUUGCGGACUGUGUCGAGAUGGUGACCCGGACAAUCCAAACCGAGGGCAAAAUACGCAAAAAGAAGGAUGAAUGAGAGAAACCAGCUCUGCUCGUCGAUCGGUGCUGGGGUAAGAUUAUUCCGGUGCAAAGCGUUGGUUGUGUCUUCCACGUACUGAUCGCAAGAAAGGCGUGGUGCUUAGGUUUGUCAUACAUGUUAUAUUUAUGCAUUUGUUGCUGCUCCUUAACGUUGGAUCACACACUCAGGAUAGCUCAUGUGCGUGUAUACGCUUAAUUGUAAACGGCGGUAAUCGAUUUAUUUUUGGUUCGCUCCUUUUUGUGUUAAAUUUAUUUGAACAGUACGCCAUAUUAAUUUGCUAAACGUUUGUUUUUUCUUCUUCUUGGAUCAGUGUUUAAUAUUAUUCUGUACAUUAAAGUUGAAGUAAACGUGUGAGGAUGUAAACAGUGAAGUACAAAUGUAAGCUUGAAGUUUGAAAUUCAAGCAAGAUGUUUCUUAAGUAAAGGUGCCACAGUUUUCUUAAACACACCAAUGACAAUAAAUGUUCGCAGGGUUUGAGAUAAAGAUAGGUAGUACACAAGCAUAAGGUGGUACAUGUCAGCGACAAAAUAAAGGGAAAACAACACAAAAUCAAAACCAAACCAAGCACAUCCUCCAAGCGUUCGGAUGGCAGCCAAAUCUACAAGUGCCAUACAAAUGCAACACUGACCCACAAUAAGCGUCUACGUUGUUCUAGGCGAGGGUGGCAUAUUCAUUACACACAUAAAAACAGAUACACACAAUCACACUUCACUGUCGGUUCCGCGUUCCUAGGAGUGUUGGGUGUCGCUGACGAGUCACAUAUAGUCCACAGGAAGAAAGUACAAGCACCGAGGAGUGUCAUAUUAUAUUAGUAGCUUAGCGCCACGGCCGAAAAUAAAGUAGUCCAUAACGCCCCGUUUAGCGUCUCAGUCAUUAUUAUCACGUUUGAGGUGCAGCAACGUCAGCGUUGACUCUGCCCAGGCUAAGGAGAAAGUUUCGGUGGUUGCGAAAUAUCUCGCCACGUACAUUUUUGUGCUUUUCCUUUUUUUUCAACGCAUUGUUGACGCUUCCACCCCAAUAAACACAGCCAUAUUAAGUAGUAAGUGGGUCUUCUAACAGUGAAGCAUGAUCUGUGAGUCAUCGGUGGUCGUUUCAUAAGUCAUCUUUAAGUCAAGGGUUCGGCCUAUAGGUGUACAACUUUGGUGACUAGCUUGGACUAUUUUGUAUAUAAAUAUUUGCAGUAUGUUUUAGAAACACAAAACAUCGGAAUUAACGGUAUCAAAUGGUUUACUAAGCCUAGCGUGUUAGCGAUAUAAGAGUCUUGUUUUGUAUAAUUUACAAAUCAACUGUACCUUAAGGUUAAGGUUAAACUACAUAUAUACAAAUAUUGUGAUCGAACAGGUGAACAUGGAAUGAAGAUCUAACAACUACAAGUUUGUGAGAUACUGAAAACAAAACGAAAAAAAUCGUAAAAAAGGAAUAAAAUAUUUUUGUACAAAAAAAAAA